AUGGAAUUUGCCAUGACCCUUGAUGAGCGCCUGUCUCUUCGACAAGAGCUGCUGGAUGCCGAUGACAAGUUCAUACUAGAUCUCCCUAAAGUAGAACUCCACGUCCAUAUCGAAGGCACCCUGACUCCUGAGCUACGCUGGGAGCUUGCCAAGAGAAACGGUCAAACCCUCAAGCUUGAGCGCACCGGAACUGUGUACCGCAGUCUCGAGCAGCUCAGAGAGUCAUAUACGAUUAUCCAACCACGACCAGGACAUCGCAUUGAUAACACUGAGGAAAGCUUUACUUUCUUCGAGGCUUACUAUGGAGGCUUUAAAGUUCUUAUCACAGAGCAGGACUUUUAUGAUCUCGCGAUGAAUUACUUCGAGCGUGCUGCUGCGGUGAAUGUUAGAGCUCAAGAGGAAGCCGAGGCGCGCUUGAAUCUCAAAUCGAAAUGGAUCAUGUGCUUUCUCCGUGAUGAGUCAGUCGAAUCAGCCACCGAAACAUACGAAUCUGUUCUUCCGUACAAGAAUAUGGUUGUGGGCAUUGGUCUUGACUCUGAUGAAAACGACAGACCUCCUCUCAUGUUUGCAGACGUCUACAACAGAGCUCGAAAAGAUGGAUUCCGCAUUACAGCACACUGCGAUGUGGGACAGAAAGACACCCAUCAGAACAUCCGUCAAGUCGCAUCUGACCUUGGUUCCACUGGCGCAGACCGUAUUGACCACGGUCUCAACGCAGCGCAAGACCCAGAGCUCAUUCGUGUCAUCAAAGAACGAGGUAUCGGUAUGACGAUUACGCCCUGGGGAUAUCUUCGUCAUGAACCUGUCGAAGAGAUUUUCCCGAGGAUCCGAACGUUGUUUGAUGCUGGGAUUCCGCUCUCUAUUGGGAGCGAUGACCCGGCGUAUAUGGAGGAUUGCUGGAUCUUGCAUGAUCUACUCUUGGUCAAGAAGAUGUGCGACUUUAGCGAUGGGGACAUGGUGAUGUUGACGAGGCAUUCUGUCGAUAUGUGUUGGGUGGAUGAGACGGCAAAGGAUGAGAUCAGGCAAGAGCUUGAUGAAGUACUGGCCAAGCACUUGAAGUGA